AUGCAGACCUUCAACAUUCUUUUUAUCACCCUUGCUACUGCAGUGGCUGGAGUAACUUCUUCCUCUAGCUGCCCUCCUUUCCCUGCCUCAAUGACUCCGUUCUCUUAUGGCUUCAAAGAGCCCAAACCGCCUGCUAUCAAGCCAGAAUAUCAGGCACAUUUUGUACAGCACAAGUGGAAUGGUGAACUGUCACAUAUCACGGCUGGAUUUAUCCAAAACUCCCCAUCCAAAGGCUUCGUCCGUGCUGACGAAGCCUUCGACGGUGUUCUUGCAUCUUCGACUUUUGACUAUUCCAAUGUCACCAAAUCAGGCCUGGUUGACAACACCCUGACUACAUAUGAUCCUAAAAAGUCCAAGCCAAGUAUUUGGAGGGGAUACGUGAACUCGAAUUAUCCUAUUCUCAACAAGACUGUCUUGAUUGACAAUGGAGCUGUCUUUGAGGGGUUUGUCAAGAGGGAUUUUACUCCGAAUCCCGUCGCAGCAUGGAGCAUCAUGUACCAAAAUGCAGUUCCAGUUACAGUCUUUGUCAACGAGUGCGGUGUUAUUGUUGGCUACGAUUACUUUGCGCCGGAGCUGCGUACCCGGGUCAUCAUGGAGUUCUUCAACAUUCAGGCGAAGUAG